UGGCAGAAAGUCCAACUCCCGAACCAACAACCAGAAGAAAAAGUGGCAGUAUGGAGAAGCCAGUACGCUUCAGACUGGUUCUAGUUGGGAAGACUGGAGCAGGGAAGAGCUGCAGUGGGAACACCAUACUGGGAAGAGACGCUUUCAGAGCUGAAGUCUGCCAGUCCUCAGUGACCAAUGAUUGCAGCAAAGAGGCAAAUGAAGUCUGUGGCUUUGACGUUUCUGUGGUCGACACUCCCGGCAUCUUUGACACGACGCUGGCUGAUGACGCAGCGAGCAGAGAGAUCUCUAAAUGCAUCAACAUGUCGGCCCCGGGGCCACACGCCUUCCUGCUGGUCGUCGAGGCCGGGCCUUUUGGUGGUGAUGAUGGAGACGCUGUCAGGAAGGUGGAGGAGAUCUUUGGGGAGGACUUCUGGAAGUACACCAUCAUUCUCUUCACCCAUGGAGAUGAAGUGGAAGACUUUGACGAGAUGCUGAAAGAAGCAGAAGGUGAGCUGAAGGAGGUCCUGGAGAAGGCGAAGAACAGAUAUCACGUCUUCAACAACAAUCGAACCAACGACAGAGGUCAGGUCCUCCAUCUGCUGGAGAAGCUGGAGAACAUGGUGAAGGCCAGCGGAGAAGGGUAUUACUCCAACCCCACCUACCUGGAGUCAGUGGAGAUGUUGGAUAAGAGGAAGGAAGAGCUCAGAAAGUUCUACGAGACGAAGCUGGAGGAGGAAACAAAAGCUGUGAAGGGAAAGUACGAGAAGAUGCUGCGUGAAGAUCGAGAGGAACAUCAGCAGGUGGAGAAACGACUGCAGACUGAGCUUCAGGAGCUGAAGAGAUACUACAAUGAUUUACAGAGAGGAGUCCGUCAUGUGGUGGAGCAGAUCAUUAAACCCGACUCCUUCGAUGAACUGAGGGAAAAGUUUCAUACUCAGCUGAGAGUGAACUGA